ACCAAACAAUUUCACUGCAUUUCGGCAAGCAAAUAAAUUAUCAUCCCUCUUCUUCAGGAAGGGAGCUUUCUCGUAGAUCUGCAGGAGCGAAUUUCGCUUCUGAGUUCCUAGGUGGUUGUUCGGGAGAAAUGGCGUCGAAACGGAUCGUGAAGGAGCUGAAGGAUCUCCAGAAAGAUCCGCCAACCUCGUGCAGUGCAGGCCCUGUUGCUGAAGACAUGUUUCAUUGGCAAGCUACAAUUAUGGGUCCAACUGACAGUCCAUAUGCCGGGGGAGUCUUUCUCGUCACAAUCCACUUUCCUCCGGACUAUCCUUUCAAACCGCCAAAAGUUGCAUUCAGGACGAAGGUGUUUCACCCGAAUAUUAACAGCAACGGAAGCAUUUGCCUUGACAUUUUGAAAGAGCAAUGGAGCCCUGCCCUCACCAUAUCUAAGGUCUUGCUGUCGAUAUGUUCCCUGUUAACGGACCCAAACCCCGAUGACCCGUUGGUGCCGGAGAUCGCCCACAUGUACAAAACGGACAGAACCAAGUAUGAGGCUACGGCUAGAAGCUGGACCCAGAAAUAUGCCAUGGGCUAACAUUUGCUUCCGUCCUCGUUCCUCCUUGAUAGAGAUAGAGGGCUUCUUUCACCAAUCUUUUUUUUUUAUAAAAGAAAAAGACAAUCCACGAAACAGGUCAGAUCUUAUUCUGAGGUUUGAUUUGUUUGUUUUUCUAGCAGUGUCUGGUGUUUUAUGUGAAUCGUAUGUGGGCAUGAACUUAUCCCCUUCUGUCUG